GAAAAGCAGAAUCAUCAAAGCAAGAUGGAGAAGGAGGAGGAGAAGAUGAUCAAAGGGAGAGUUCUUCUGAUGAAGAAGAGCCUUCUGGACUUUCCUGACCUCAAAUCCUCCAUUGUUGACAGAAUCUAUGAGCUCUUGGGCAUGCGUGUCUCUUUCCAGCUCAUUAGUGCUCAUAACCCUGACCCAGAAAAUGGGAUGAGAGGGAAGAUGGGAAAAGAGGCAUAUUUGGAGAAGUGGGUUUCCACCAUUUCUUCAUUGUCAAGUUCUGUGGACGUAGAGUUCUCCAUAAGCUUUGAUUGGGACGAGAGCUUGGGAGUUCCCGGGGCCUUCAUUAUAAAGAACCAUCACCGUAGCCAGUUCUACCUCAAGACACUUACCAUAGAGGACGUACCAGGUCAUGGUCCUGUACAUUUUGUGUGCAAUUCCUGGGUCUACCCUGCUCAUCGCUACAACUACAAACGUGUGUUCUUCGCAAAUAAGAGUUAUCUUCCAUGUCAAACACCUGAGCCACUGCAAAAGUUCAGGGAAGAAGAGCUAGAAAACCUCCGUGGAAAUGGGUCAGGGGAACUUAAGGAGUGGGAUAGAGUCUAUGACUACGACUAUUACAAUGAUCUGGGAAGCCCAGAAAAAGGACCAGAAUAUGCACGUCCUGUUCUUGGUGGUUCAGAGAAGCAUCCCUAUCCUCGUAGAGUAAGAACUGGUCGGGCAAAAACUAAAGAAGAUCCCAAAAGUGAGAAAAGAUUGUUUCUUCUGAACCUAAACAUCUAUGUUCCAAGAGAUGAACAGUUUGGCCCCCUCAAGUUUUCAGAUUUUUUGGCCUAUGCUUUGAAAUCUAUUUUUCCAGUACUGUUUCAACUCCUUCCAGAGAUCAAUUCUCCAAGUCGCUUAACUACCAAUGAGUUUGAAACCUUUGAAGAUGUGCUUAAUAUCUACAAAGGGUCCAUUAAACUACCAAAUAGUUGUACGCAGGCAAAAAUUAGACACCUGAUCCCUUGGGAGCUACUUAGAGAACUUGCUCGCAAUGAUGGUGAGCGAUUCCUCAAAUUACCGAUGCCUGAUGUCAUCAAAGAGGACAAGACUGCAUGGAGAACAGAUGAAGAAUUUGCAAGAGAAAUGCUUGCUGGGGUUAAUCCUGUUGUCAUCCAAUGCUUACAAAUUUUCCCACCGACCAGUAAGCUUGACCCUAAAGUCUUUGGGAAUCAAAAUAGCUCCAUCAAAGCAGAACACAUAGAAUAUAAUUUGGAUGGGCUAACUGUAGAAGAGGCACUUGAAAACAAGAAGCUAUUUAUAUUGGAUCAUCACGAUGCAUUGAUGCCAUACCUAAGUCGAAUAAACUCUACUGACACCAAGACCUAUGCCACUAGGACUUUACUGUUUCUUCGAGAUGAUGGUACAUUGAAGCCAUUGGCCAUUGAACUAAGCUUGCCCCAUCCUCAAGGGUAUCAUAAUGGUGCUACCAGCAAAGUUUUUACUCCAGCACAAGAAGGUGUUGCAAGUUCAGUGUGGCAGCUAGCCAAAGCUUAUGUAGCUGUGAAUGAUUCUGGAUACCAUCAGCUUAUUAGUCACUGGUUAUGCACUCAUGCAGCAAUAGAGCCAUUCAUAAUAGCUACAAACAGGCGGCUGAGUGUCCUUCACCCAAUAUAUAAACUCUUGCAGCCCCACUUCAGGGACACAAUGUUCAUAAAUGCAUUGGCUCGCCAAAUUCUCAUCAACGCCGGAGGGAUACUUGAAAGAACAGUUUUCCCAGGCAAAUUUGCUAUGGAAAUGUCAUCGGCUGUUUAUAAAAACUGGGUUUUCACUGAUCAGGCACUACCUGCUGAUCUACUCAAGAGAGGAAUGGCAGUUCCAGAUUCAAGCUGUCGUCAUGGACUCAGGCUUGUGAUGGAGGACUACCCUUAUGCUGUGGAUGGACUAGAAAUAUGGGACGCAAUUGAAACAUGGGUACGAGAAUAUUGCUACUUCUAUUACCCAUCUGAUGACAUGGUUCAAAACGAUCAUGAGCUUCAAUCAUGGUGGGAAGAAAUCCUCCACAAGGGCCACGGUGACUUAAAGGACAAGACAUGGUGGCCAGAGAUGAAAACUAGAGAUGAGCUCAUUCAAUCAUGCUCCAUUAUCAUCUGGGUGGCUUCUGCCUACCAUGCAGCCGUGAAUUUUGGGCAAUACCCAUAUGCAGGUUACCUCCCUAAUCGUCCAACGAUCAGUCGUAGAUUCAUGCCAGAGCUAGGAACUCCUGAGUAUGCAGAACUAGAGUCAAAUCCUGACUUGGCAUUUUUACAAACAAUUACAGCGCAGUUUCAAACCCUCCUUGGUGUCUCACUGAUAGAGAUUUUGUCCAGGCACCCAACUGAUGAGGUUUAUCUUGGGCAAAGAGAUUCUCCUCACUGGACUUCAGAUUCUGAACCUCUUGCUGCAUUUCAAAAAUUUGGACAGAGACUGAUGGAAAUAGAGGAGAGAAUAAUGGAAAUGAACAAAGACAAAGGAUUCAAGAACAGAACGGGACCUGUAAAUGUGCCUUAUACCUUGCUCUAUCCCAGCACAUCAGAUUAUUCUGGAGAAGGUGGACUCACUGGGAAGGGAAUCCCCAACAGUAUAUCCAUCUAAAAAUAUUAUCUUUUUAGUCGCUCAAAUAAAUCAAUAUAGCUUCUGAAUAUCAGGUUGGUGCGAAAUAAAUGAUGAGGUAUGAAUGUGUGCAAUUCUUCCUCAUUGUAGUAUUGAAGGAAGAACUUCAAUUAGGUGUGAGAUUUAACAUUGAAGAACAAAUCAUGGAGAUUCGUUUUUAAUCCAGUCCUUGAGACUUUUUUCGGAUAUAACACAAGGUUUGAAUCAUACUAAUAUUUUAUCUUUAUCCACA